AUGAGGAGGGCCCUGGCAGGCACGACAAGGGCAGUGACCAAGAUGAAGUCCCCAAAAACACGAAGGCCCAUGCCACUAUUUGAAAUAGUGGCUACAAACAAUGCACAGAAUAGGACAAUACGGAAUGUCAAGACCAUAGCUGCCUGCCGCAGAAAUGUGUCAGAUGUGCAGGAGACCACCGCAGCAACGAGUGCCCCGUACCCAGAGAAGAACCGGCUAAAUGCUACGACCGUGGGGAAGCGCACCCAGCCAGUUACGGCGGCUGCAGGACCCUAUUACAGGCCCAGAUCAGACAGGAGGCAGCGCACAGGAAACCAGGAGCGACCUACGCCGGUACACCUAGCGCCACCGCCAGCCGAGGAACACCCCCAGCGCGAGCACAGCGGCCCGCCAGCCCAGCAGAAACCCAGAAGCGGCGCCAAGAAACCGAGCGGAAACACAGAAAACCACACAAGCACCACGACCGCUGCCCCGCCGCCACCUGCUGAAGAGGCCGAGAACGGAAUCAACGCAAGAGGGCCAACCAACACAAGAGAAUCACACAGUAGAAGCACAACGCCACGACCACCGCCAGCAGCAGGAAGCCACAGCAGACAACUCCUGCAGCACAGAAGCACGGCAAAACGUCAACACGACAACCACAAGAGGAGAAGCCGCCCCACAAGCACCGGCAAUUGCAGACAUCGCACCCCUCAUGGCAGUCAUGAUGGAAGCCAUCGUCACGCUCAAGAGCGCGACAGAGAAGCUAGCCACCUACAUGGCCAACACGAGAACCGCCCCAAGAAACCAAGGUGGCAGAUAGACCCAUACAAGGGCUAA